ACAGAGCACCACACGUGUUUGCAGCAGGACUAGAACCAGAGGGACCAGUUCCAGAACCAGAACCAGGUCCAGUCAUGGGGGACCGCAGCCGGCUCUGCUCGGUGUGGCUCGGCUCCGAGACCGGGAUCCUGAAGGGCGUCAGCCUGAGCCGCAAACAGGCCUUUAACUUCUGCAACCCGGCCGAGCUGAGCCGGGCCGGGGAGGUCCGGCAGCUGUGCUGGGCCGACCCGGCGCAGAGCGAGCUGCUGCUGGGCUGCGUGGACGGAACCGUCCGGACCUUCAGCCUGGAGAAGGGAGCGUUCACCGGGGCGCGGCGCUGCGGGGACCCGGGGGAGGGCUGCUUCUCCGGGCUGGAGCUGCUGGAGGGCCCGGGGGGAGAACCGGGGGGUCCGGGCGGCCCGCCGGCGGGCCCGGGGGGAGAACCGGGGCUCUCCCCGGGGGGAACGCUGCUCACCUGCGGGGAGAACGGGCUGCUGCGGGUCUGGAGGGGCGAGACGGAGACCCCGCAGGCCGAGAUCCGGGUCGGAACCAACGUGUGCAGGAUGCGGUCCAGUCCGGUCCAGACGUCCCUCGUUGCCACCGGGGGGAAGGAGAACGGUUUGAAGGUCUGGGACCUGCAGAAACCUGAGACCCCCGUGUUUUCAGCUAAGAACCUGCGGGACGACUUCCUGGACCUGAGGAGACCGUACUGGGUCAGAGACCUGGCCUUCCUGCCCGGGUCGGACAAGCUGGUCACCUGCACGGGACACCACCAGGUGCACGUGUUUGACCCGGCGACGCCGCAGCGCCGGCCCGUGCUGGAGGCGGAGUUCGGGGAGUUCCCGCUGACGGCGCUGGCCCUGCCGGCGGGCGGGGGGACGGUGGUGGUGGGGAACACCCGGGGGGACCUGGCCCUGCUGGACCUGAGGAAGGGGCUGGUGCGCGGGGCCCUGAAGGGCCUGGCCGGGGGGGUGCGGGCCCUCAGCUGCCACGCCUCCCGGCCCCUGGUCGCCUCCUGCGGCCUGGACCGAUUCCUCCGGGUGCACAGCCUGCAGACCCGGGAGGUCCUGCACAAGGUCUACCUCAAGUCCCGGCUCAACUGCGUCCUCAUGGCCAGCCGGGACCACCCGGAGGGCGAGGAGCAGGCGGAGGUCACGGUGAAGGAGGAGGACGAGCAGGACGAGGUCUGGGACACCAUGGAGACGGUCGGGGACGCCAAGAGGAAAACAACAACAACAACACCAGAGGAAGAAGGAGGAGAAGAGACGGAGAGGAAGAGCAAGAAGAAGAGGAAGAAAGACGCCUGAGAGGCGUUUGGGGAGCGUGGGGUUUCUCAGCUUCACGGACUGAAAGACUGAACACUUUUUUCUCAAAAUUCCGACUUUUUUCUCAAAAUUACGACUUUUUUCUCGACAUUUUUUUUUCAAAAUUUUGACUUUUCUCGACUUUUUCUCAACAUUUUGACUUUUUUCUCGACUUUUUCUCAAAAUGUUGACUUUUUUUCUCAAAAUUUUGACUUUUUUCUCGACUUUUUCUCAAAAUCCGACUUUUUUCUCAAAAUUUCGACUUUUUUCUCGACUUUUUCUCAAAAUUUCAACUUUUUUUCUUCAAAAUUUCAACUUUUUUCUCGACUUUUUUUUUCAAAAUUUAGACUUUUCUCGACUUUUUCUCAAAAUUUUGACUUUUUUCUCGACUUUUUUCUCAAAAUUCCGAGAAGAGGAAGAAAGACGGCUGAGAGGCGUUUGGGGAGCGUGGGGUUUCUCAGCUUCACGGACUGAAAGACUGAACGAGGUCUGAGCGACGGCUCGGUUUACGAGACCCUGAACGCCUCACAGAUCAGACUCAUUUCUACAGUUUAUUUUAUCAUAAAUGAAACUGUGUUUAAUAAAUGUUUUUUCUGAUAA